AUGCACCGCGCAGCCGCGCAGCGCUCGCCGUCGCUGCGCUUCGAUGCCGCGAGGGGCUGGCGGGGCCAGUCGCCAUCUGCGCUCAUCCCCCGCCAGCCAAGCCAGUGGCGUCGCGGGCGCGGCGCGUUCUCCGUGCGGGCGGAGGCCAAGGCCAAGGGCAGCCUGGGCGCCUACCUGUCCGAGUCCUUCAUGCGCAUCUUCAGCGUGCCGGAGGACGAGAGCGUGUCUUGGGACAAGACGUACUUGCCGUAUGAGGGCAAGCUAGACAUCCACGACCAGCGGCGCCUGCGGCGGUUGUACGAAGUUGUUCAGGCGGUGCGGGGUUGCAUGGAUCCCAAUGCUGACAACUACUCUCCAGGAGCAACGGUCGAUGAUGGUUCCUGUGUAUACCCCGAUGGCACACAGGCCCCAGAGGGGCUGAAAGAUUACAUGCAGGGGGCGAUUGAGCGUGUGGUUGGACAUCAGUUCACUGGCGAGGAUACAGAGCCUGAGUAUGGCAUCACGCCCUUCUCAGGGCAGAUCCUGUCACAGCGAGAGAUCGACAGGCUGAUUUCAUUCCAGAAGGUCGUAGAGAAGACGAUUGAUGAAGGCGACGAGAAUUGA